UUUCUUUCCACGGAAGUCUAUGGAGUGUCGCCACUCUCAGUUAUACCACUCUGGUCUAAAACAACUCAGUGGAAAACAUCUGCCAUGGAAUGCGCACACAUCCAACGACGCCUUACCAGCGUUUAUUAGAUCGACGUAACUAGUGUGUCGUGGGCCUUAUAAGAUUACUAAAACCAUCGUGUAAAAGAAACAUUUAAAAGCAGUCUGGGGACGGUUUUGGUGUUUUGUAUUCUUGAAUGUUUGCAGUGAAAAUGUCUUCGGUUCAACCCCAGAGAGAGAUGAACACCGAGCAGGAAACUCCUGCUGAAGAACCGUUCACUGAGUUCAAAGAAAUCUUCGUCAAGCCGGAGGAAGCGAUGGAUGAUCAGCGCAGACUGCUGGAUUUCAGCCGGAUACCUCUGAUAAUCUUACACCGAAUAGAUCCCCAAAAAUAUGGUGUGUGUAAAGACGAGGGGGUUCACACUGAACUCGGCAACCAAGAGAGGACCUCCACUUUCAAAGAAGAGUUUCCAGAGCCUUGGCAAAUAAAAGGGUGGGGGAAGGAAACAGAGCCUCUGAAGAUAAAACAGGAGAAAGAGGAACAAGAACAUCAACUGUUUAAUGAGGAAGAGAGAAAAAUCUGCAAAUAUGAAAAGCAAUUUGUGCUGAAACAUAAGACUGGUGACAUUUUAAUGAUUUCUUCUAAUGUGCAACAACUCCAAAAUGAAAUGGAACCAAACAGGAACCAACUCAAGUCUCAGGCCCUCCCUGAAGUGGCAAGUCAGAGUCCGGGAGGAAGCAAUAAUGAGGACCCAGGAAAAAGGAGCGUAAAACAGAAACAAAAUGAGAGAGGGGAUAAAACCAAAGAGCAGAAAAGAGCUGCUGACAUGUCAACACCAAGAUUUAACAAGAAAAAUCACCCUGGGCAAAAUAUAGAUUCUUCUAAAAUUGGUUCUAAAAGCCUUUCUCAAAAAAGUCACUUGGGAACAUUUACGACGGAGAUGCCUUUCACAUGUACAACCUGUGGAUGGAGUUUCAGAAAUAAAAGUAGUUUAACUUAUCACAUAAGAACUCACACAGGUGAGAAGCCAUUCAAAUGUUCAGCCUGUGGAAAGAGUUUCAUGGAUAGAAGUAGUUUAACUCAUCACAUGAGAAUUCACACAGGUGAGAAACCAUUCACAUGUACAACCUGUGGAAAGAGUUACAGGCAAAAAGGUGGCCUAACAGAUCAUUUAAGAAGUCACACAGGUGAGAAACCGUUCACAUGUACAACCUGUGGAAAGAGUUACAGGCAAAAAAUGGGUUUAAUUCGUCACAUGAAAAAUCACACAGGUGAGAAACCAUUCUCAUGUACAACCUGUGGAAAGAGUUACAGGGAAAAAGUUUCUCUAAUUGAUCAUUUGAGAACUCACACAGGUGAGAAGCCAUUCACAUGUUCAACCUGUGGAAAGACUUACGCUAAGAAAUUUACUUUAAUUUAUCAUAUGAGAACUCACACAGGUGAGAAGCCAUUCACGUGUACAGCCUGUGGAAUGAGUUUCACUCAAAGAUUUUAUUUAACUUGUCACAUGAAAAGUCACACAGGUGAGAAACCAUUCACAUGUACAGCAUGCGGAAAGAGUUACAGGGAUAAAGGUUAUUUAACAUUUCACAUGAAAAGUCACACAGAUGAGAAACCAUUCACAUGUACAGCCUGUGGAAAGAGUUACAGGCACAAAGUUUGUUUAACUGUUCACAUGAGAAGUCACACAGGUGAGAAACCAUUUCAAUGUACAGCCUGUGGAAAGAGUUACAGGGAUAAAGGAGGUUUAACUUAUCACAUGACAACUCACACAGGCGAGAAACCAUUCACGUGUACAGCCUGUGGAAAAGGUUUCGCUGGCAGAUGUAGUUUAACUUAUCACAUGAGGAUUCACACAGGCGAGGAACCAUUCACAUGUACAGCCUGUGGAAAGAGUUACAGGGAAAAAAGUACUUUAACUAAACACAUGAGGAUUCACACAGGCAAAGAACCAUUCACAUGUACAACCUGUGGAAAGAGUUACAGUGAUAAAGGUGGUUUAAAUAAACACAUGAGAAGUCACACAGGUGAGAAGCCAUUCACAUGUACAGCCUGUGGAAAGAGUUACAUGGAUAAAACUACUUUAACUAAACACAUGAGGAUUCACACAGGCAAGGAAACAUUCACAUGUACAACCUGUGGAAAGAGUUACAGUGAUAAAGGUGGUUUAAAUAAACACAUGAGAAGUCACACAGGUGAGAAGCCAUUCACAUGUACAGCCUGUGGAAAGAGUUACAUGGAUAAAAGUGGUAUAAUUUACCACAUGAGAACUCACACAGGUGAGAAGCCAUUCAUAUGUACAGCCUAUGAAUAAAAUUUGACAGCAGCUAUUUAACUGUUCAGAGAAAAAUUCACACAGAUUAAAACAGCCUUCUCCUGGUUGUGUUGUGAAAAUAAACCAGGCAAUAAUUACAAUGGUUUUUUUUAAUUGUUUAAUUAGAUGUUUUGAUUCUCAAGUGGAUAUAUGUGCCUGGAUGAAAGGGGUUAAAUUUCUGUCACAUACAGUAGGUGUUGGCAAUCACAACACAUUGAUAAACUGUUUUUGAAUAUAACUCUAUUCUCGGUCACUUGCCUGAUGCUUGAUUUUAAAGUCAACUUUUUUGGUUGAAGUUCACUGAUUAGCAUUUUUCCUCUAGCAACGGCCUUGUGACAUUUUUAUUUUGUUUUAAAAUCAACAAAUGUCUGGUCACUGCACCAUUCUGUCCUGUAGUGCCAUUGAGUCCUGAUGAAUCAGAUUGGAUUGGAAGCUACAGAAGUUCUCACAGGCACAAAGGACCUCCCCUCUCAGCAGGAUUACAUCAGUGCUAUAAAACUUUGCUCCCACAGACAAUAUCUCUCAUUCUUCACUCCUUCCUGGGACUCUCAGGGAGAGAGUCUGCCGUGGACCAGCAGCCAUGGGGUGUCACAUGGGGCUCAAAGCCCACAAAUCCCACAAGCUCCACAGAACGGGCCUUCAGAGAAACUCUUCUGCCCUCGCUUCAAUGGAGCGAAACAGGGGGAAAUUCUUGUCCUCUACGGAGCGCAGGACCCGACUGAGUUUGAAGAUUCACCGACCAGAUCGAAGCUAAGAUGCACUCUGACUUCUGCGCAACUAGCCGCGAAUUAUAGAAUGCCGAAAGCUUUGAUUAUUUUUGUCAGCUGAUGCAGGAGAGCGGACUCGAGAUGAUAGGGAUUGGUCGCAUUCUCUCACCAGACAAGCUGAGAGCCUAGAGGCUGCCAGCAGGACGUCGAAACUGCCCCUACCACACUUUCAGUUAGCUCAUAGCUGCAGAGCUGCAUGUCUGUUGCGGGAAAGACAAACAAUUUUUCCUAGAUCACUGCUCUCUUCCUUGAUGGCCGAAGUGGAGCAAACUUGCAUGAGACACCAACGGGUCUGGAAGGAUUAAGGCAGGAAGAGUAAAGAAUUCAUUUAGAAAUGUUUGUGUAGUGCGCCCACAUGGUGCUUUUAAACACAACAAGCUAACGGAUGUAGCUCAUGCUAGCAAUCUGAUACCAUGUCGUUGCUGACGUGAUUUUUUUUAUGAUUAUAAUAAACGUUAUCUCCACAAGGGUUUCAUACAUUGAUGGGAUAUUAUUUGUUAUGUUAUCCGGCUCUCUCAUUAUGGCUAAAAAUAAAGCUGAAUUAUUUAAAGUUA